UGCAAACGUCAAAGUGGUUCGACGGAGAAAGACGUCGGGGUGGUUUUCUUGUGAAAAAUCAGUCUUUUAGCCGUAAUAAGUGACCGAAUUGUGGCUCAAACUGUAACUAGAGACUGUGUGCAGUGUGUGGCGGUGGAGGAUUUGUGGAAAACGUGUGAUUUCUGUGUGAAAAGCAGCUGUGAAGAUUUUCCUGGGAGGCGCUUCAAGUGCUCAGCAAAGGUGCCUUGUGAUUAUUCAAGAGUGUGUAACUAUUAAAUUACUAUAAUUAUCGGCUGAAGGGGCCCCCAUCGCUUGACACACAGCGCACGGAUGGGAUGGAGAGACGAGCAGUGCUGAGAUGGAAAAAGACGAAUGAGCGGUGAAGAUCAGCAAUCGUCCAUUUGUGUGAAUUUUCUUGCCUAAAGAGUGUGAGCAAUGAUGUGUAAAUGAUUGGAUCAUUGAGUUGUCGUGUCAGCAGAGCAUCGCCAGAAGUCAAUAUUUUGGCAAAUUUGCAGAAUAGAUGUUCAUCAACGAAUCACAUUGAACCGUGAGAUUGUUUCAACUGAAACGAUGGAGCCGAGGAGUGAAGUCAAAGUAAUACGUGCGCCAUCGCUAAAGCGUGGCAAAAAUGACGAAAGACUGAGUGAUCGGAUAAAGCUGAAGAAAGUCUUGGGCCUCACUGUCUGUAGCAAUGCAGCUCUCGAUGUGUCACCCACUUCUGGCAUCUUGGCCUAUCCAGCUGGAUGCACGGUGGUUCUCCUGAAUGCCAAGAAAUUGAGUCAAACGUACCUCCUGAAUACUUCACGGAAGGCCAUAACGGCGGUGGCCUUUUCCCAGUGUGGACGAUAUGUUGCAACUGGAGAGUGUGGCAUAAAUCCGGCAAUUAAGGUCUGGGAGUUGGAUCCACUAAAUGGGAACCUCGAGAAUGGAGCGACCGGUGGGAAUGUUGUGGCAGAAUUUCUGGGUCACAAAUAUGCAGUCAGUUGUGUGGCUUUUUCGCCCACUGGAAAGUAUUUGGUCUCGGUCGGAUCGCAACAUGAUAUGAUUGUUAAUGUGUUCGACUGGAAGCUGAAUUUGAAGAUUGCCUCCAAUAAAGUGAGUGCCAAAGUUGUUGCAGUCGCCUUCAGUGAGGAUGGCAGCUAUUUCGUGACGGUGGGAAAUCGACAUGUGAAAUUUUGGUACCUCGAGGGAAAUAGGAAGUACAAAGAACCAAUUCCGCUCAUGGGACGAAGUGCCAUUUUGGGUGAUCUGCGGAACAAUGACUUCUGCGCUGUGGCCUGUGGCAAGGGUGAAAUGUUUGAGAGCACCUAUGCCAUCACCCGCAAUGGCCAACUGGUGGAGUUCAACUCGCGGCGAUUGCUGGACAAGUGGGUGGCUUGCAGGACGGCGUCGGCCAAUUGUCUGGCUGUGGGCACGAAAUACAUUCUCGUGGGCUGCGCUGAGGCCAUCGUGCGAGUCUUCAACGCCGAGACGCUGGAGUACGUGACGACGCUGCCGCGAACGCACUAUUUGGGCGUGGAUGUGGCUCAGGGCGUGCAACUCACGCACAUGAUGUCGGCGCCGGGCAGUGCAAAGUAUCCCGACACCAUUGCACUCGUGUACGACGAAGUGAGGUCCAAGGCGACGUGUGUGUACAACGAUCACAGCCUCUACGUGUGGGAUUUGAGGGAUGUUCGUCGUGUGGGCAAGAGUCACUCAUUUCUCUACCACUCAGCGUGCAUUUGGGGUGUGGAAACCGUGCCAUUCACGUAUGUGAAGAACAACUUAGCUCAUAAUUUGCCAUUAGACUGCUUCCUCACGUGUUCCUCCGAUGACACGAUACGCGUGUGGGAUCUGGACGGAUGUGAGAGCAAUGAGGUGUACAGGAAGAAUAUCUACAGCAAGGAUUUGAUGAAGGUGGCCUAUAUUGACGACGAAUUGAAUUUCAUCAAGGACAUGGACAAUCCGAUAUUGAACAACGAGAAGGGCUCUACGUAUGAUGGGAGGAAUGGUGUGAGAUGCAUCAAGAUCAGCAGUGAGAGGAAUCAUCUUGCCACGGGUGACAGAAGUGGGAAUAUUCGAAUUUACAAUCUAACCAAUCUCAAGUUGCUCACGACAAUAGAGGCGCAUGACUCGGAAGUGCUGUGCCUGGAGUACACGAAUGAGAGGAUUGAGCGGAAACUGUUGGGCAGCGCAAGUCGUGAUCGACUUAUUCACAUCUUCGAUGUUGAACAGGGAUAUAAGAUUCUGCAGACACUUGAUGAUCACAGCAGUAGCAUCACUAGCAUCAAAUUCAUCGGAUGUGAUAUGAAUUUCCAGAUGAUUUCGUGUGGAGCAGACAAGGCCAUCAUCUUCAGGACAUUCCAGGGUAAUCAGUUUCAACGAGGCAAUCACUGCAAUGGCAAGAACACUCUGUACGACAUGGAGGUGGAUAGCAAUAGUAAGCACAUCCUGACGGCAUGUCAGGACAGAAAUAUCCGGGUUUAUGGAUCGCAGACGUCGAAGCAUACGAAAACCUUCAAAGGAUCCCACUCGGAUGAGGGAAGUCUCAUCAAAUUGUGCCUGGAUCUGAGUGGAAUCUACAUUGCCACUUCCUGUACAGACAAAACGCUGAGUGUGUAUGAUUACUACUCGAAUGAGUGCAUGGCGAGGAUGUACGGACACAGUGAGUUGGUGACGGGGUUGAAAUUCACCAAUGAUUGUCGACAUUUGAUCUCGGCGAGUGGUGAUGGGUGUGUCUUCAUCUGGCAAGUGCCUCAUGACAUGGUGGUCACGAUGCAAGCUCGGUUAUCGCAGCAAGCUCUUCGAUCUGGCCAGCAAAUCCCCAUUCCGCGUCCCAUAUCCCAGAAUGUGGACAUUGUCCUCGAACAGCAGCAGAACAACGAGAAGAUCGAUGCGAACUUCACACCAUACACGGAGGACGUGGUGAUAUCUGGAGGGUAUAAACUCUCUGAUGUCGGACAGUUGCCGAUGUGGGCGAAGAGGAAGGGUGCAGAGGAGCCAAAUCCCGCCAAUAUUCUCGCCACGAGUCCUAGUCAAGGAUCUGUGGCGCCAAAGCCGCGCGGAAGAUGGGCUCAGCGGAGUCAAUAUGAGCCUGAAAUGGAUCUGAGGAAUAUCGUGGAUUCCCCACCAAAUUCCAGUACGAAUAACAACAAUCCCACGUCGGAUUACAACAGCUCGAGCAGCAAAGAUGUGUACAUGAACACGUACCUCAGUGAGGACAGCUCAAUUGACAGUGGCCUGGAGAACCGCCGUGAGAUUACCUUUCAAAUGAAGGUGACGGAGAAGAACCUCAAUAGUCUCAAUUCGGAGUCAAAUACUGAACACGAUGGAGAUGUUGAGGAUAUAUCUGACGGGGAGCGCACUAGCUCUGACCAUGGCGUGCUGUUUUAUCCCACUGUGGCUCCGGGAACGCCGUCGGAUUUUAAGGUGAAUGAGACGAAUGUUGAGGAGCUGCGGAAGUCAAUGAGGCGAAAGACGGACAAGCAGCGAUUGCAACUCAGCCAAUCACCGAGCGCUCCGUCUACAGGUACAGGAACAGGAACGUCGGAUGACGAGGAUGAGGCCUCGACGCCCAGUGGUGACAAUGCCGAUCGCUCACUGGCCUCAACUCUGGGCGGAAGUAUCGAGAGUAUCCCUCAGGCGACCAGUUUUCUCAAUGCAGCCCUCGAUGGACCAUCAAAUAGUGCAGAGAGAGGACGAAAUAGCCUCAGUGCUAUCCACAAUAGUGGCGACAGCAAACCCGUUACCAUAUCCAAAUCAUUUACAAACACCAAAAAGGAAGAGCUCAUGAAGAUCAUCAAAGAUGCUAAGCAAAAACUGGAAAAUGCUAAUAACAGUCAUAAAAAUGACAGACAAAAUUCAAAAGGUGUCGAGGUCGGUUACCGUCGCACGAAUCUGAGGGCUAGUCAAAGUAUAUCCGAUCUUAGUCAGGUAUCAAAGUCAAAUUUGGACACAGGCUCGCGUCUCACCCGCCCAAUGCGUACAGGAGAAGUAACUAACACCACUAAUAGUGCAAAUGCAUAUCAGAGCAGUAAUUUCUUCAAUUGUGCCGCACCAAAGGCUGUGCUUGCGCAAAAUUGCAAUAUAGUGCGUCAGGUGCAGCGGGAUUUGCCACCGUAUCCAUGCCAGAUUGCGUGGACGGACAGUGAGAGGCCUAAAGUGCUGGAAUUGCCGCAGAAGGUGGGCAGCAGUGGGUCGAGUGGUAGGAGUUGUGCGAUGCUGAGUGUGGGCAAGAGUGCAGGUAUAUUGAAGAGCAACAAAUCGUGCCCCGUUUCCCCGGUGAAUGAGGAGCUAGAAUGGGCGGGUGGGAGUAAGAGUGUGGCGUUCAGGGAGCAGCGGGGCGCUUCGGUGUGCAGUGAGGAUGCCAAGAUCAUCUUUGACAUGAUUAACAGUGACACGAGGAGGAUGAUUGAUGAGAUUCAGGAGGAAUAUGGCCAAGUGACCAAGUGUACGGCGAAGAAGGAGAAGAAUGAACAUGGAUUUCUCUCGGAGGACGACGGCAGCUUCAGUUCGGACUCCCUGGAGGAUUGCAGUCUCAAUGAUGUGAGUGAAAAUGCCAAGCGGAGGAGGAAGAAAACUGUCUGUGCCAAACACACCAGAAAGCCACCAACGAGAUCCGUUUCGGAUUACUUCAUCUACGAUCAGUACGAUAACUUCCGUCAGGUGUUCAAGGAUGAGGAUCCUAAUCAAUUUUUAGAGACUCAGAGACACUCCAGUGCCAGUUUUUUCCUAGGACAGCAAUAUCCGGAGAGGAAGAGUCAGGAGAGCAUAAUCUCUGAUGAGACAAGCGUGGGGAUCAGCUAUUGCAAUAGCAUGGAGAGCAUUCUGUCUGAUGACUCGGAGUGCAAGAGUGCGCCUCUCGAGGUGCUGUUCAAUCGGUCGAAGACACGCCAUCAGCACAAUCUCUCCGCUGGUCACGAUGUGGACGCCACGUCCAAGUCAUACGGUUCUAGUCCUAAUGCCACAACUGGAUUUGACUACUUUAUGCAGCAACAUCGAUUGGAUAUUUUUCCCGAGGAGGAGGACUUUGAUAUUCCCCGCAUGUCAUCGUCUUUCAGUGUUCCUCACUUUGCUUCCAAUCCUUUUGGACAGCACGAGGAGUUGGAUUUCAUUCCGUCGAUGCACUCCAAAGUGGCUCAGUACAAUAUGGUUGUGAAUAAGAGCUUGAGCAAGGAGUUUGCCCAUGAGAGGCAGCAAAACAACUCCAAUCCACUCUUUGGUUGUGAUGGAAGCGAGUUGUUUGUCCGGAAACCCAUUCCGCCGCCCAGAAAGUGUUGGGAGGAAUCUCUGGGUGUUGUGAAGAAAUCGUGCAGCUUUGAAAUUGACAUGGGCGAUUGUCGGAGGACAGAGAAGAGUUUCAGGAAGUUCGAGGCGAAUUUGCAGAAGUUCGAGAGGGAUCGUCAUAUGUUUGGUGAUCCGUUGCAGAUGGAUUAUGUGCCACACAAGCCUCCAGUUGCCAAUCGCCGAUCGACUAGCAUGAAGGCGAGAGGGAAGGCCAAGCCGAGGGAGAAGUUCAACACAAUUGGCCAGGUGGCUUUUGAGAGGAAGCGCGAGAAGGCCGAAGCGCCCCUCGAGGAGGAGAAGACCUUCGAUAUGUUCUUCUCAGAAGCUCCAGCUGCUGAUGACGAUAACAUGGAUAGUUUGGAGUUGGAGGCCAAUUCGAGUAAGAUUUUUAAGGAGAAUUCCGUGGAUUCUCUUGAUGAUAUUCUGGAUGCGGCUGCUGAUAAGCCACGCCACAUAGACUUUCGCAAUAGCGCCCAAUAUGCCAAAUUUCGUGACAUCGAGAAGAAGAUUGAUGUGAUCAACAAGCUGGUGGAGUUGGAGGAGCAGAAGCUCGAGCAGGAGCGCAUGGCCAAGGAGGAGAGGCUGAAGCCGUUCUCGUGUGAUCGUCGCCAGAAGGGUUAUGUGAAGAGUCUCACGAUGAACUUCGACAAGCUGGCGCAGAGAGCGGAGAAUCGUGAAUUCGAGAGGGAUCUUCACAUGAAGAGUCGCAUGAGGAGAAAUCAUAGUUUGCCGGACGUUCUCGAGGGAGCAAAAUACCAGUCAUUCCAAGUGAUUGACUGCGGACAGGGCAAAGAACACACCAUAACACACUUUCGGUCAGGUCUGAUGGCUUUCUUACGGAAUUGUCGCAUGCACUCAGGGAAUGACUGUGAUCACUUGACAGAGUGGAGCAAUUUUUUAUUCAUUUGCAGACAAUCCCAACGAAUUUAUGUCAUUCUGUACAUUUAUUUUGUAAAUAUAGGUGGUUUUUGUGUGGAGUUUUGAGUUGAUUUUUCAGGAUAUGAAAAUGUUUAUAUUGAAAUUUAAUCCUAAAUCGCUUCGUAUACUAAAAUCAUUUAUUAUUUUUACCCAUGAAGAGAGCUUUUGUGAUGAAUGUUUGUUACACUUCCUAGCAAGAAAUGACAAAGUGAUUUUGUAUCGUUUCUUGGCAGGAAUUUUCCCCAUAACACACACUUUCCUCCCGAAUAAUUGUGUUUUACACACUCUGUGAAAAGAAAUCUGUUGUGUCUUUCAGUAGAUAUUUAUCUUCUGCAGCAAUUUUGGCACUGAAUUAUGUUUGCUAAUUUAUUUCUUCAAUUUUUC